AUGGGUCUGGAACCAUAUCUCAAAGCGAUGCGUGAGAAUCCGGACUUUGACAUCAUCAUCGGUGGUCGAGCAUAUGAUCCGUCCCCAUAUGCUGCGUUCUGUGUGUUCCACGGCUUCCAUAAUCUUGGUAUCAACUACGCCAUGGGAAAGAUCAUGGAAUGUGGAGCACAGUGCUCGAUUCCCAAGUCAAGGGAAAGCUUGGCCAUUAUCCGAGACGAUAGCUUCGACAUGAUUCCACUCGAUCCCAAAUCCAAGUGCACGACCGUUUCCGUUGCUUCUCAUUUCCUUUAUGAGAAGACCAGACCCGAUAUCCUGCAUGGCCCUGGAGGUGCUCUUCAUUUGGAUGAGACGACAUAUGAGCAGCUUGACGACAGGUCUGUUCGCGUUCGAAAUGCCCGGUUUGUUCCUGAGGCCGAAGGAGAAUACACGGUAAAGCUUGAGGGUGCAAAGGUCAAUGGGUACCAAAGUAUCUUCCUAGGGGCCCUACGCGAUCCCAUUUUGCUACAGCAACUUGACUCUUGGAUCGAAAUGAUCAGGAAGCUAGCUAAGGAGAGGCUGGAUGAUUAUGGGUUUGAGUAUGAGAUGAAGAUUCAUAAAUACGGAGUGAACGGUGUGAUGGGACCCCUGGAACCUGAUCAGAGCAUCGGUAAAGAAGUAUUUAUCGCUGGUCAGGCUCGGGCUGCAACUCAGGAGCAAGCUGAUCAGGUCGCGGGGAUGUUCAAGUUUGGCUUCACGCAUGCCCCUUAUCCGGGUCAACUUGCUACAGCAGGCAACUUUGCGUGGCCAUUCACGCCAUGCGAGAUUCCUAUGGGUCCUCUCUCGGAAUUCUGUGUCUAUCACAUUGUGCACAAGGUUGACCCUAUUGCUCUAUUCCCAAUCAAAGCAAUUGAGGUUUCAGGUGACAACACAUAUGUUCAUCAGCCUCGCUCUCUUGGACCAAUCCAAGAGAAGACCUUUUCAGGCAAAAGUAAAAAACUAGUAUCGUCCAGAAAGUACUGGUUAACGCCAGAGCCACUUGAGGGCACGUGCUACCUGGCCGAUGUUGCAUCCGUCCUACGAAGCAAGAACUCAGGACCAUACGAAUUGACGUUUGACGUCAUGUUCCCAAGUAAGGAGGUCUACGAAAGGGUCAAACAAACAGGAAUUCUCACUCCGGAAACAAUCUGCAAGCUGUACUCUGUUUCCGAGAGAAACGUCCAAGCAUCAUUGUUCUUUGACCAGGCAAUGGCUUACAAAGCAACAAUAACAAGGCCGGCUGUGUCAGGAGGGUUUGGUGAGACGGACACACAUGGUUCACAACAACAUAUUCCUCUUAUGUAUUUGAAGCUCCCCUUUGGCAGAGAAUAG